AUGUGGGGAGUGGAAGGUUUUGAUCCUUUUGUUCCAAGAGGAAUAGCCUCUCAUCAUAUUGUAGCAAGGACAUUAGACAUAUUGACGAGCCUAUUCCAUCUUAGUGUCCGCUCGCCCCAACCUCUAUACAAAGGAUUACGUAUGGGAAAUAUUGAAAACAUGCUUUUCAGUAGCAUCACUGUUAUCUUUUUUGCAGCUUUUGUUGUUGCUGGAACUAUGUGCAAGAAAUAUAUCGAAGAGUUGGUGCUGGGCUGGCUGAAAGAUCAAAGUUUAUCCGAAGCUUGGUCUAGAAUUCCUGAAAAAUUAGCUUUUUAUGAUUACAUCGAAAAUAAUCUAGCAAAAGGUGGAUUGUUCGGAGCAGGUUCAAUGGACAACGAGGAUGAGAUAGCUAUGAGGUGGUUAGGACAUCCUAUAUUUAGAGAUAAAGAAGGGUGUGAGCUUUUUAUACGUCGUAUACCUACCUUUUUUGAAACAUUUCCGGUUGUUUUGGUAGACGAAGAUGAUAUUGUUAGAGCCGAUGUUCCUUUUCGAAGGGCGGAAUCGAAGUAUAGUGUUGAACAAAUAGGUGUAAUUAUUGAGUUCUAUGGUGGCGAACUAAAUGGAGUCAGUUAUACGAGAUCUUGCUACUAUGAAAAAAUAUCCUAG